CUCAUUUCCCUCAUUCCAUCAUUUCUACGGUGGCGUGUUAGCGUUUAGUGAGUGGCGUCGUGUUGCCAACAGUGGGAGACAGUUGAAUAAUAAAUCGAAUAAAUCAUGGCAGAAAACUCUGGCGUGGAGCUUUCCGAAGCUUUGACGUGUUGCAACAAAAUUCUAGAGGAACUUUUAUCCAAGAAACAUUCGGAUCAUGCUUUUCCUUUCUACGAACCUGUCGAUGCUAAACUUUUAAACCUUCCCGAUUACCACAAGAUCAUCAAGAAACCUAUGGAUCUAGGAACUAUAAAAAGAAAAAUGGAUAGUCGGAUGUAUAAAACAUCUAAAGAAUUCGCCAGUGACGUUCGGCUUAUGUUUAAUAAUUGUCAUAAGUACAAUCGCCCGGGUGAAGCUGUCAUCGUUAUGGCAAAAAAACUACAAGAAGUAUUCGAAAUGAGGUACGCGGAAAUUCCCCAUGAAUCGGACUCCGAAAGUUCUUCCGAAGAAGAAGUCGAAGAAGAAAAAGACGACGCGUCUGAAGAAGAACGUAGUCAGAAGCUGGCUGCCUUGCAACAAGAGAUGGAAGCGAUGCAGGCAAAGAUGAGAAAGUUAAGGGAAGGAGGUGGCAAGAUGAAGAAGAAACGCAGAGAACGGACUUAGUUUGAUCAUUAAUAAUUACCUGGUAAGCCUCGAAUGUUGAAUCUAUUUUUAACCAUUAACUUUGAAAUUUAGAGUCUAAAUUUCAUGAAGUUCACUUCAAACAAUCCUAAUUAUAUUUUAAAACCUUUCACUAAUUUUCUGCGAUCUACGUCACUGAUGUUUUUCAAGACAUUGUAAAAUAAACAUCACUUCAUUAAAAGUAUUUAUAGAAUUUUCGACUAUUCUAAGUUUCUGCACGUUAUAGUGUAAAGUUAGUAAUAAAUAAUUUCAUAUACAUUUGUAAGCAUAUCUUUGAUUUAAGCUGAAAUUGACAAUUUUGGUACUUUAUUUAUAUCAUUGUACGGGUUAAAAUUGGAAGCGUUCAAAAUUGAAAUCUUGU